AGGAUCAUUGUAACCUUUGUAAGUUGUAACAUAACAAAUAACGGAAUAGCUUGUAAGCCGCACGGCACGGCAUAGAAUUAAUAACAUCAUUUAAACAAUUAUGAAUUCACAUUGCGAACCAAAAAUUCGAGAGCUGAAACGACACGAGCUUCGAUGGGAACGACAGCGGCAUCGUAAGUGCGAACUGGACGUUAACCGUGCCGGUCUAGGUGAGAUGCUGCAAGAGGUGCAGGAUGUUGAAAACAUUUCCACCCAGGAAAUUAAGGGAAUCGCCUCAAGGAUCAAACGCCGCAAACAUGCCGAUAGCAAAGAUUUGCUGAAGCUUAGUUACGGUUUUCAGCAGAGUGCCGAAAAUAUUUCGGAAUUCAUACGAAUUACCGGCUCGAUAAAUGUGAUCGUGAAAGAAUUUACCGGACUUGAUUCCGAGCUGCAGCAACUGGCCGCCGAAUGCUUGUGCAAUCUAUCGCUCGGCAAUGAAGUUUGCUGCGAAAAAGUUGCAAUGUUUGCCGGGACCUAUUUAAUUACAUUCAUGGAAACCAUAAACAAUGGUCGACUGGCGAAUACAUGUGUCUGGACUUUGCAAAAUGUAAUAUCAUCGGGAGCGAAAGCAACCAAAGUAUUGCACUCGCAGGGUGUAGUAGCUAAAUUUUGUCAUCUCCUUAGGGCAAUCAGGAAUGAUGAGCAAUUGUUAGAAGAAGUGCUUUUGGCCUUAGAUAUGAUUUUGGAUUAUGGUCUACUGUUUAUAAGGCAAGAAACCAUUUUUGUGGACAUAUUACCCGCUGCCACUUCUAACAAACCCUCGCUUAACAAUAUUAAACUUAUUUAUAAGUCACUUUUUCUUACAAAUUUCGAAAUCCUAGAUUUCAAUGCUUUACACAAGCUAGUAGAUAGUUGUACGGGUUAUUUCAAAAUAGCACUCGAGGCAAACAAAAGUGCGGAAAUAAUUUAUGCCAUCCGAAUAAUAGGCAAUCUAGUUGCGAAAAACGAUGAGAGCUUUUGCGGAACAUUUCUAGAUGCAUGCAGACAGAAUAACGUCACGUUCCACAUGUUGUUCAAUUUCCACUCAAAUGCCGAGCACAUCGGUAUCUGCCGUGAACUCUUUUGGCUUUUUGGGAACGUUCACAAAACAGCAAACCAGCAGCAUAUGCAAUCAUAUUUGAUGCACGAUAAUUUCAUUGAAAACCUGGUUGUCCCAAAAGCAAUGCUUAGUUGAUAGAUCAUAAGCAAAUUAAAGGAAACGAUUAAAAUUAAAUUAUA